AUGCCUGUCAUCUCCAGAAUUGUAUCUAUGGGCCUGCGUGUCUGUGAGCUCGCUUUCGCGGGUGUCGUUGCAGGCAUCGUCGGCUCCUACCUAGAUGACUACCGCCACGGGAACGGUUGGCCCCUGGCGCGUUUUAUCUACAUUGAGAUUGUGGCCGGAAUCUCCCUUCUCCUCGGUCUCCUCUGGUUGCUCCCGUUCGCCGGCGGCUUCUUCCACUGGCCCAUGGAUAUCAUCCUGUCCUUUGCCUGGUUCGCCUCUUUUGGACUUCUCGUCGAAUGGGCCAGCGGGACCGGCUGUGAUGGAGAUACCUUUGACUGGAAUCAAAUCAGUUUUCAUGGGUUCUGUGGUCGCUAUCGAGCUGCCGAGGCCUUCUCUUUCUUGUCUGCGAUUUUCUGGAUCCUGAGCGCCUUGGUUGGCCUCUGGUUUGUCCAUCGCGAGAGGCGCAAGACCGUCGCGGCUGCCCCCGUUGCUCAAGGACCGUAA